AUGUUCAAGGUGAGGCCGCACCAGUGCAAAGCAAAGCGGGACAAUCCCCCACCUGGACCGGCUGUCGAUGCCCCCCAGGACACGGCUGGCCCUCCUGGCUGCCAGGUCACACUGCCGACAGCUCAGUUUGUUCCCUCUGCGUGCAGCAGGCAGCUGUCCGCACCCUGGGGCUGGCUGCGUAGGUCUGCUCCCUGCCGCCAGAGCUCUGCACGCCUCGAGCAGCAGCAGCACCAGCCGCAGCAAGAUCCCUCCCCGCCCGCCGGCGCCGCAGGGCCGGCUCAGCCAGCGGGGCCGCUCCGCGCCCGACGCAACUGGGCUGAGCCUCGGCGGCCGCCGUGGAAGGCGGCGCCUGCGCAGAGCGGCGCGGCCGUGCGGGCCAUGGCGCUGUGGCUGCUGCGGCGACGCCUGCGCCUUCCCGGGCCCGGCGGCCGCGGGCACGCCCGGCUCGGCCCCUCCGGCGCCGCCGCCGCCCAGCCCGCUGCCGAGGAGCCGGCCGAAGAUGCUGAAGUCAGUACCAGAAAGAAGACAUUCACUGAGGUCCAAACAGAACGACUGGAUCAAGCUGAACGGACUGUUUUAAUUAAGUGUCCAUCAAAACUUAAUGAAAAAAAGUUGUUGCAGUAUUUAUCCAGUCAUGGAAACAUUAGAAGUCACUUCUUCUUUGAAAAUCGUGGCAUCAAUGCUUUAGUAGAGUUUUCAGAAAAGAGCAGUAUAGCCUCAUUGCAGGAUGCUGUUGGAAUCCCAAAUGCUGCAGAGCAUCAUGUUGUCCCAUUUAAAUCAAGACUUUUUACUUUCACACUGAAAAACCCAGUGAGUCAACCUGCUGAAGAGACACCACUUCACCUCUCUCCUCAGUGUCACAUUCCAGUGACAGGCCUUAUUCAAAAGCUUUGUCUUGCAGACGAUAUAAGCAGUCAGAUGUACAUUCUACUGAAUGAGUAUCAGCUUACAGAAGAAAAUAUCAGGCUCCGAUUUCUGGCCUGUUCUUUGGUUCGGGAUUUUGCUCGGGCAUAUUUUCCAGACAGCACAGUAAAGCCAUUUGGCUCUUCAGUCAACACCUUUGGCAAACUGGGAUGCGAUGUGGACAUGUUUCUGGACUUCCAUGAUACACAAAAGAGUCCUACGAAAAUGAAAAAAGGUCCCUUUGAAAUGGAGUUUCAGAUGAAAAGAUUACCAUCUGAAAGAUUAGCGACUCAGAGGAUUCUUUCUGUGAUUGGUGAUUGCCUUGAUAAUUUUGGUCCUGGAUGUGUGAGUGUACAGAAGAUACUCAACGCUCGCUGUCCUCUGGUGAAAUUUUCCCAUCAGCCGACAGGAUUCCAGUGUGAUCUGUCUGUGAGCAACAGCAUUGCUAUCAGAAGUUCAGAACUCUUGUAUAUCUAUGGCUGUCUGGAUCCCCGUGUACGAGCGCUGGUGUUCACUAUACGGUGUUGGGCCCGUGUUCAUGGACUUACAAACAGUGCUCCUGGCACCUGGAUUACCAACUUCUCUCUGACCAUGAUGGUCAUGUUUUUUCUGCAAAAGAGAUCACCACCUAUCAUUCCAACCCUAGACCAACUUAAAGAACUGGCAGGUGCAAAAGACAAGCAUAUAAUUGGAGGAUAUGAUUGCUCAUUUGUUAGUGAUUUAAGGAAGAUUAAACCUACAAAAAAUACAGAAACACUUGAUGUAUUGUUGGGUGAGUUUUUUGAAUAUUUUGGAAACUUUGAUUUCAGAAGGAAUUCCAUAAAUCUUCGAAAGGGAAAGGAAGUAAAUAAACCGGAGUCAUCUCCUCUUUAUAUCUGGAAUCCCUUUGAACAAGACCUUAAUAUCAGCAAGAAUGUUAAUCAACCACAGCUGGAGAAAUUCAUAGCUAUGGCCAGGGAAAGUGCCUGGAUUUUACAGAAGGAAGAUAAAGCUCAGAGAAUAAUCAGUAAAGAACCUUGGGGACUGGCAGCACUGCUGAUACCAUUUGGAAAAAGUAAUUCCGGCAAGAUGAAGAAUAGGAUGAAAGGAAUAGGAAGUGAAACAAUCAGAAGCCUCUUGGACUCUUUAAAGUUAAAUAAUGCAAACACAACAAAAAGCAGUGGGAAAAUGACUUUCAGCACAGAAACACAAUAGCUAAUAUUCUGUUUUAGGAACUGUAUGUGACAUGCAGUCCGAAGAACAUAACUUUUAAUAUUUCUGUUAUGGGGAAUGGAGAGUCAAAUUAUCUCUGUUUUUCAUUGUGAUUCUUUUUGUACAGGUCUCCUUUCUGUACAUUUUUCUCCUUGCUCUUCACUUUUCCAUCUGUUUUAUGAAUGAAGAAUAUUCAAAUGCAAGUUUUAUUGGUACAUUUUGGAAAUAGCCUUCAGACUGACAGGAGCAGCAUGGGAAAGAGCCUUUGGGAAUUCUGUUGACUAACAUUCAAAUUAUAUGCUAAGUAAAAGCUCAAGAAACAGCCACCUUUCAGUGAAACCACAAUUUGAAAGAAGAUGAAUGUGUUGGAACUAUUGCUUCCAAUCCAGUCAUGUACUGAAAGCCAGUAAAACCGAAGUGCAUGCAUCUGUUUUUGCUAUUGUUUUCCAUUCAUGUAGAUAGUACCAAGACAAAAUAAAGAGAAUGGAAUUAGAUAGUAGGGUUUGCAGUUUCCUAAAGCGUUGCUCUCCAAGGGUAGUGCAACUGUUUUGUGUUGGAAAAGUGGGUUUGCUCUUGUAUUUACCACCUGAUUUCAAAUUUAUUUAGUCAGCUCGCUUUUGUUUUCUGUACCCAUAGGACUGGUCCCCGCCCACAUUUGUAUAAUGUUUCUCAUUUUGCCUUCAGCUUCAUUUUAAACCUGUAUUUCAGGUUCAGGCAGGGGCUCUUGUAUGCUCUUCUUGCUUCAUCACUCUAUUCAGUGUUGCUGCCUACUAAGUGACACCAAAGCCUUCCUGCAGAGGGAUCUGUCCCAUGCAGAGAUCCAUAGAAAAUCAUGUAUCAUGCUGGAGUCCUGUUCCCAGUCUUGCCUUGGUUUUCAUGUACUCAGCAGAGUGGUGACUGUCUCCCUUCCAGAUCAGUUGGGCCAGCAGAGUCAAUGCUUUUCAUUGACUUAAAACAUUGAGUGCUCUGCCUCUGUCCAUCUGCCACAAAAAGGAGUGUUUUCAGAAGAAGAGGGAAAGGGGAGGGAAGGAAGGAAGGAAAGAAAACAAAAAGGGAGAUGGAAAGCAGGCAAACAUCAGACUUUACAAGUACAUUUGUGAGUAUUUCACCUGUCCAGUUUGAGAGCCACUCAUGGAUUAUAACUAAAUGGCAACGGAGAUAACUCCACAGAUUGUUGUCUUUAUUCUUAACAGAAAUUCUGUAAAUGAAAUUAGUUCGUUCAAAUUAUCAUACAACUGCAACAUGAUUGCUGUUUCAAUUUCAAUAUUUUUAGAUUCUUUCAUGUUGCAGUGGUAUAUGAUUUUUUUGUAGACUUCCCUUCUAAUUAUGUAGUGUGAAGUCUUUUCCCUCAUGUAUUAUUCAUUGAAAAUACUGUAAUAGGCAGUAAUGCAUACUUCCAGAGUACUGGUAAAAAACGGACAAGGAAAAGCAUUUUCCAGCAAUUGACAGACUAAAGGGUUAGACCUUCAGAUCAAUUCCAUAUUAGUUUAUUCAGAGUUUAAAAUAAUACUCAGAUGUAUCUUGUUUCUGAUUAAUAAAUGUUUUCUCAAAUAAUGACUCAUGUAGUCAUUAUCUCAAUUGCUGAAAUUGAUUCUCAUAUUAACUUCUUCAAGAUUAAGCCUUGAAUUUGAAAGUUGGUUUUCUUUCUAAAUUUUGAUAUCAGAACUUCUUUUUGAAGGCUGAUAUGCAGUUUAUUGUAACUUUUUGUCGGUGCUAACCCAAAGCCUUUGAAAACAAGCUUGGCACAAUGCUGUAAGGAGCCUGACUUAAUCUUUACAGGACCUAGAGGUACAUUUUCUGCUGUUUACCCAGCAACAGACUUCGAAGCUUUUUGAAGAUUAGGGCAGUACUCGAGUAGUUGUGAGUUUUCUUUUUUCUAGAUAAACCAAAUGGGUAAGGGUGCAAUAAUAAGAAAAUGGAUUACCAGGGAGAGAAGCAUGCAGCAGAACUGUGGCAGUGACUACCCACGUGCGUUAUAUUCACAGUGGUCCACUGACAUAGGUAGGAAAGAUUUUAUAUGAAUUUUGACACGUAGAUACAGGACACUUGUAGAAAAAUAACAGUACAUUUUAUGUUCUGGUUAUAUGGUUGAGGCAUGCUGAAGCACAAGCUUCAUUUGUAAAUGGUUAUAGAUGUUCAAGCUGCUUAGUAUUCCUUAAAAGGCAGGGUAAAACACCAUUACUGUACAUGCAGUGCCUAUCAGAAUCACUUUUCUGUUUAGACUGCCUGUCCCUUUUGGGAAUGGUUCUGAACCCUUGUCAUGGCUGCAGGCCAGUUUCUGAAAAGAGGUGAAAGAAACCAAAAGCAGUGUUGUAGCAAUGGAAUGCACAGGUGAUUUUUUCAGAUGUCUGCAAGUCCCGGGGGCUGGAGACCGGGGAGCUGCUGACUGAAACCUUGAGGCUUUGAGGAUCAGCUCUCACUGAUGAUGCCAAUAAGCCCAGUGGGCAGCUUUCAUAGAGGAGGAUGGAGAUGGAGAUGGAGAUGGAGAUGGAGAUGGAGAUGGAGAUGGAGAUAGAUGGAGAGAUGGAGAUGGAGGGCCAACCAUGAGCUUCCCUAGAGCAUGAGCUGUGUCUGGGAGAAGAGCUGAGUGAUGCUAGAGGAACUGAAGCCACCUGUGGGAAGAGAACCAGACAAGAGAACUGAGAUUUGAGGGAGUGUAUUUGUCAAAUCAAGAGAGAUUAUGUGAAUAUAAUUUCCUAGGGACUGCAGUUUUGAAGAUAGUUAGAAAAAACGAAUAUGGUUCUGUCAGUGAAAACAAGGGUUGAAUAUUUGUCAAGAAAGGACUAUGAUUAUGGUCUGCAUUUGAGAGCUCAUUCAUAUGGUCCAAGAGCAUGUAAACAAUGUCUUUGUGAGAGUGAGGCAGAAAGUUUUAGUUACUUCUCAAACUUGGUGGUGAUAUGCUAUAUUGUAUGGUGAGGCUGUUAGGGAGGUCACGUGUAAGGAACAUGAGUGAAUUAAACACAUUUUUGCCCCUCUGCCCCUUUCCCUUGCUGGGAAUACUUUUUAGUGCAGUCUCACAUUUCCUGGGUCUUGAGUGGUUAGGGAAACUGAAAACAUUCAGAAGUUCCAUGCCCUGAGAAAAUACGCUUCAAGACAUUAACUUCAAGUUAACAUUUAUUGCCAGAGAUUUUUAUUUUUGUUUUCCUAGACAUUGAUGCUCACAAGUGUUGUAGUCAUAGGUUCUGCUGCAACUGCCACUGCUCCAUCAUUCCUCUGUAACUUCCUGGGAAUCUGAAGCCUUGGCCUACAGCUGACUGCUGUGCGAGCAUCUCUGUGUCAUGCUUGUGGUGAAGACACAGUCACCAAAACAGACUUCUUGGCUGGUAACAGAUGCUCUGUUCCUCAAUUUCAAAGUACAGUUCCUGUCUGGGUUUCUGUUCUUUAGACUUUGAAUCACAGUAUAAUUCAGGCUGGGAGAGAACUCUGGACCUAGUCCAGCUGCCUUUUUAAGUGGUAUCAGCUCUGAGAUUAGACCAGGACUUUUAUCUAGUCAGGCCUUGAAAUCUCCAAGGAUGGAGACUGCACAGCCUCUCCAGACAACCUGUUCCAGUGCUCAACUCUCCCUGUCACCCUGAUGGGCUGGGCUUAACAGACUACCAUAUCCUUGUCACUCUUCCUGGCUUCUUUUCUGAUCCUGACAAAUGCUCUCAAUCAGAUUGCCAUCCAUUACAAAUAUUCAAGCUGCUCCUUUGUGUAGGAAGCCCCCUGAGUCUUCCCUUCUUUCCCUGUCUUUCCAGAGGAACUUGUAUCCAUCCAUCACAGUGCUCCCAUCACAAGUGAGCCUUCCCAUUGUAGCUGUUACUCCAACAGUGCUGUAGUAACAGCACAAGGAGCUCUAUUUCCUCUUGCUUGUUCCCCAGGCUGCCACACAUUUGUAUCUGUACAUUUGAGGUGGGUACUUGUUAAUAAUUUUUUAUUCUUGAGGUCCCUUUUGUUCCUGUCACCCUGUAUCCUUUUUUCUCAAUCCAUGUCCCCAAGCUGGCGUAAGUGGAGGUUAUCAUUGUCCUCCCUUAUUGUUCUGGCUGAACGCCUUGAUAUUCACACUGCACAAAUCCAGGUUACAAAGUCCUCAUGACAUUCAAAUCCUGACUAAAAAUUAAUUUCUAAAAGACUCUGCAGGAAAAUAAGAGUCUAUGAGUACCAGACUGGUAUAUUGUACUGGCAGAAAAGCCCCAGAAAAUACAUUUGUGCUGCUGUAGUGGAGCAUGAUGGAAACAUCCAAGGUAGCCUCAGCUGUGCUGGUGCAGCUGCAGAAAAGCACAUAACACCACGUAGAGAUACUGGUGCAGGUAUAGAACCAUCUUAGGGCACAGUGCUGCAUCAACAGGACCUCACUGCUUCCACAACUGCACUAGUGUGGUACAGGAUGCUGCUGCCUGGCAGAGCUUGUCCACUUGGAUUUGGCACAUUUCUGGUGCUGUGUCACCUCUGGGUCUAGAGCAGUCGGGCUCUCAGCUGCAGCCUCGCUGUGCUCUGUGCUCACGCUGGGUCGUUGAGGAAUUGUGUUCUUAGAACAGCAUGGUCUUGCAGAUUUGUUUCUAAGUUUAAUUUCUUUUAGGCUCUCUAGCAGGACAGGCUAUGUUUUUUCUUAAAAUUUUGUCCCUUUGGGAAAAGGAAAGGUAGACAAACAGCCUUUAUUGGAAUGAUUUUGCCAACAAACUAGUUAAAGGUCCAUGCCAAGUUCAGCUACAGCAAGUUUAGGAUUUCCAGCCUAGGCUUCUUUGAAAAUAUGAUGAAUCAACAAUUAGGAAGUUUUUUAAAAGUGAAAUCAUCCUGUUCAUUGGAAAGCUCUCUCUUCCAAAUGCCUUGCCUUGCUUAUCACAAAAUUACCACCAAGGUUUUCUUCUAGUACAAAAUUCUUCUGAACGUCACGGGUAAUUUGGGGUCAGUUUGUUUAAAACAGGGGUUAGGAUUUAUACGAGGCUAACCUGUGCCUGGAGAUAAAAUCUCCUUCUCCAUAAAUCCUCUUAGUUGAAAGUCUUGAUCCACUGCUUUUGCAGACCUGUUUCUCCUACUUUCUUUAAUCAGAGGAUUGGUUUGCUUUCUUCUGCAGGACCUCCCUGCUUCUUUUCCCUCUCCUCAUUCUCUUUUCAUCAUAUCUCAUCUGAUCUGAUCUGUAAAGAAUAGUAUUUCACUUGGCCCCUAGUAUUUGUGACGCAAUAGUGAAUACAACUGCAUUCAAGAAACAGGUAGUUUUUAAAAUGUGGCUCUCACAUUGCAAUGUAAUUUUUUUUUUUUUUACUGCUUCACUUCUUGUGUAGAUUGAGUCUCCAUACUGCAUUUCCCAUGGCUCAUAGAGGGAUCAAUUAGCUGGACUUGGUGGACCUCACCUAUAUUGACCAUAUAUUUUUGGGAAGUCUUUUCAUUUAAGAAACUUGUUUAACACAGUCUGUAGUAUUAGAAAGCAGAAGUUCCCUGCAAAUUUUUUGAGAGGUGCUUCAUCCUUCAAGAUUAUUUCUGUUUUCCCUUGUUGUUAUGGGGAAAACUGUGUUCAAUGUGUUUCACAGAAUGACUUCAGAGAUAGGUUUUUGUUCCCAUGCUGAGCUCUCUUGUGCACACAGAUUUGUAGUCAAUGUAAACAGUGCAGCCCUGUACAGGAAUUUUUGCAUGGAACAACUCCCAGAAUAUGUCUUCUAGGUAUUAUCCUCCCAGCCCAACAGGGGAGGUAAAAGCCUCACAAAUUACUAAGGCAUAGCCUCUCAUUUGUGGUGCUGACUGCAUGGGAUGGGACAAUUCCCGUAAUUCUGUACUGCUUUUCUCAUGUUGGACACAGGAAAAACUGUUUUCCUGCAGAGAAAAGGUACAUAUGUUAGAAAUUGGAUUGCUGGAGUGAAAAGCAGUAUUAUUUAAAUUCUUUCCGAAUAUUUCCAUCUUAAGUUUGGUUUUUUAAGUCCUUCUCUAGGAGCAAUUACUAGAGAUUUUCAGGAUGAGAGCAAGAACUGGGAGCAUAUACAAAGGCUUCGUAUUUCAGGUAAUCAGAUAAAUAGUACUUAGAUUAUAAAAAAUAGUUAUACAGAGGAAAAUAAUGCAUAUAACAAUCUGGCAAUAAACAAGGAACACUGCCUUGUCUCUUUGAACCAGUUUUCCUGCCUUGAUUUUCUGUAGUCCUCCCAGUGGUGCACUACUUUUGACAAGGGUUGGAUUUGAGAGAGCAUACUGAAUGGAAACUACAGUACCCAGUACAUGGGAGGGUGAGUAUUUAGCCACUGCAGUAAAAAAAAAA